AUGGUCAACGCCACCGAGGAACCCAAGGAGACAGCCCAGUCGCACACGCCCCGUACGCCGCCGCUUGCCGCAGCCCUUGAAGCCUUACAUGCUGAUGCCAAUUCUCAAGCUGGAGCCGAAGAUGCGACGGCCCCCGAAGCCGCCGUCGAGGAUGGUGGUCUUGACCUGUCGAUGAAGAAGAAGAAGAAGAAGAAGGUUCCCAAGGACGGUGACGACGCCGCCGAGGAUGCGCCCGCUGGCGAGGACGGCGGACUGGACUUGACCAUGAAGAAAAAGAAGAAGAAGAAGAAGGUCGCCGAGGACGGCGAGGAGGACGAGUUCGCCGCCAAGCUCAAGGCUCUGGACCUCGAGGGUAACCAGGAGGGCGGUGAGGCCACCGAGGCCGCCGCCGACGACGGCGACAUGGACGCCGGCACUGGCAUCUGGCAGCACGACGAGACCAAGGCCCUGAGCUACAGCCUGCUCCUGAACCGCUUCUUCCACCAGCUUUCCCAGAAGAACCCCGACCACGCCCUUAGCGGCUCCAAGAGCUACAAGAUCCCUCCCCCGCAGUGCAUGCGUGAAGGCAACAAGAAGACCAUCUUCGCCAACAUUGCCGAGAUCUGCAAGCGCAUGAAGAGAACCGAGGAGCACGUCACCGCCUACCUCUUCUCCGAGUUGGGUACCAGCGGUUCCGUCGACGGUAGCAGACGCCUGGUCAUCAAGGGUCGUUUCCAGCAGAAGCAGCUCGAGAACGUGCUGCGCAAGUACAUCACAUUCUCCUUUGCAGUCGAGUACGUCACCUGCAAGACCUGCAAAUCCGCCGACACCGAGCUGUCCAAGGGAGAGAACCGUCUGUACUUCAUUACCUGCAACUCUUGCGGUUCGAGACGUUCCGUCACCGCCAUCAAGACUGGUUUCUCCGCCCAGAUCGGCAAGAGAAGAAAGAUGCAGGGUUAA